AUGGGUUCAAUAGCCUAUGCAUUGGUCAAGAUGGCAGCACAGCUAGGAGUAGCGGCGUGCCUCCUCGCCAUGGGUGGUCUCUACUACUAUCAAGACAGUCUCAUCUAUCCUUCGUCACUCAAUGACGGCCGUGGGUAUUGCGCUACACCAGAUGAAUACAAUAUCGAUUACGAGUUGGUUAACCUCACCACAGAAGACGGCGAAACACUCCAGUGUUACUCCAUGAAACAAGACAGCAAGGACCCUUCCUACGCCAACAAAACGGUUGUGCUUCUUUCGCCCAAUGCCGGCAACAUUGGCCAUGCUUUGCCCAUUGUUGCGAUUUUCUACGAGCAGUUUCAUUACAAUGUUUUCAUUUACAGCUAUCGAGGCUAUGGCAAAUCCACCGGGACAGCUAGUGAAGUUGGGUUAAAAAAAGAUGCCGAUAGGGUGAUGGAGUAUCUUGCCAAAGAAGAUGACCAGUAUCAAGCUUCAUCCAUUAUUUUGUAUGGAAGAUCGUUGGGAGGGGCAGUGGCCAUCUACAUCGCGGCUACAAAAUCGUCCUAUAUCCAUGCUAUGAUUUUGGAGAAUACCUUUUUGUCGAUACGGAAAACUGUGCCUCACAUUUUCCCACUAUUGAAGUAUGUCACCGCGUUGGUUCACCCGCAAUGGGAUCUGGAGCUGCUUGUGCCGCAGAUUCCCGCAAAGAUCCCCGUGCUUUUACUCAGUGCCAGGAAGGACGAGAUUGUUCCGCCGCUGCAUAUGGAUGAGAUCUACAAUGGCUUGCAAAGUGAAUAUAAGCAAUUCGACGAGUUUGAUGACUGUUUCCAUAAUGACACCAUAAUGCAAGAGAAUUACUGGGAUAUAGUAUACACGUUUAUCAAAGACAAGGUCAAUCCCGUCGGUUUAUAG